CUCGAGCGUCGCUGGGGGCGAAGGGGCCUCGUGGAGUCGCUCCAGCUCAGCUCAGAGGAACCUUGCUGGACCUGGGGAUAGGACGGCUCUCGUAGCUGUGACACAGAGCGGUGCCAGGCUGGGUGCAGGUGUCCUGAGAGCAGAAUGAGAACAUGGCUGGCCUGCCACACGUCCCAGGCCCCGAGCACCUCCGCCCCUUCACGCCCGAGUCCCUGGCUGCCAUCGAGCAGCGCAUUGCCGAGGCAGAGGCGCUCAAGAUAAAGCGGCAGCGCGUGGAGCUGCCUGAGGAAGAGGAGCUCAAGCCCAGCGGUGACCUGGAAGCUGGGAAGAACCUGCCCCUCAUCUACGGUGAUCCCCCCUUGGAGCUCGUUGGGAUACCUCUGGAGGACUUGGACCCUUUCUACAAGGAUAAGAAGACGUUUAUAGUCCUCAAUAAAGGCAAGUCCAUCUUCCGGUUCUCGGCAACGCCUGCCCUCUACCUGCUGGGACCCUUCAACCCCGUCCGGAGAGGAGCCAUCAAAGUGCUUAUACAUUCAUAUCCUUGCUGA